AUGGAUCUGAUCAGCUCUUCUAAUUACCAGGUCAAUGUCUCUACAUUAGUAAGAAACAGCACUCACUUUCCAGCCCCUGCCUCAAAAAUAAUCAUUGUCCUUCUUUUGUUCAUGACAUCAAUAAUCGGUAUUAUUACCAAUGGUCUCUGUCUAUGUAUACUAAAAUUCAAGAUGGAAAAAACUGUCAGUACUCUUUUAUAUUUUCAUCUCAUUCUUUCAUAUUUUGUUUCAACAUUGACUGUGCCGUUUAUAACCACCUCUUCCCUUCAGGACAACCACUGAAGCUUUGGAGAUGCCAUGUGCAAGGCCUUCAACAGCGUUUUGUCCACAGGAGUGUUCGCCUCCGUUUUCUUCCUCUCAGCCAUCAGUGUUGAUUGUAACCUUCUCACUACUCACCCGGUGUGGUCACAGCCGCACCAAACCCCACGCUGGGCUUCCAGCAUCAUCCUGGGAGUCCGGAUGUCUGCCACUGCCCUCAGCAUUCCCUGUUUGGUUUUCAGAGAGGCACAUGAUGACCAUGAAGGAAGGGUGACCUGCCAAAAUAACUAUGCUGUGUCCACUAACUGGGAAAGCAGAAAGCUGCACACAUUAAAGAAAUGGGUUCACGCAGCCUGUUUCACCAGCAGCUUCUUGCUAGGCUUCCUUCUGCCUUUCUUCAUUAUCACCUUUUGCUAUGGAAGAGUAGCCAACAAGAUGAAAAAGAGGAACCUAUUUAAAUCCAACAAGCCCUUCAAAGUCAUGACGACUGCCGUUACCUCUUUCUUUGUGUGUUGGAUGCCCUACCAUGUAUCCCAGGGCUUGCUUCUCACUAAGAACCAAUCUCUACUUUUACAGUUGACUAUGAUGCUUACAGUGAUUAACUCUUUCAAUACUGUCUUUUCUCCCACACUCUACCUAUUUAUUGGGGAGAACUUCAAAAAGGUUUUCAAGAAGUCCAUUCUUGCUCUGUUUGAGUCAACAUUCAGUGAGGAUUCUUCUCCAGAAAGAACACAAAACCGAAAUUCGAAAACCUACAUUAAAAUGCAGGGUCCCAUGAACUCUUAG